UCUCAGCUCGUGCGCUUGUGUUACACAUAAAGUCCAGCCCAGGAUUUCACAUGACAAGGCACAUGUCUGACUUUCUUAAUAUGCUUCUUAACUUCUUCUCGUUGCCUUUGCACUUUUUACAUGCCUGUCGGACAUGGUGCACCUUCUCCUGGGUGACCGACACUGCCACCACCGCCACCACCUCACGUGACAUAGCAUCAGGUUACAACACCACAACAAGCUUGUAAAGCUGGCCGGCAGGAGGAGCAUGAUAGUUUAAUUCUGACCACAACAGUGUUGCAGAUCAACAUGGACUCUCCAGUGAAGGCUCACAGGGCGAGGACAGCAGCAGCAGCAGCCCCUGAUGGUGGCUACGCCUGGUUCAUCCUGCUCUCCUGCUUCCUGGUCUUUGGCCUGACAUUUGGGGUCAUUAAGGCCUUUGGUGUGUUCUAUGUAGCAAUACACCAAUACUUUGAAACCACUGCAACAGGAACAUCUUGGAUUACCUCUAUUGCAGUGGCUACCAUUCACGUUAUAGCUCCUGUAGCAUCUGCUCUGAGUGCUCGCUACAGCCAUCGCUCUGUAGUGAUACUGGGAGGACUUAUCUGCAGUAUAGGCGUCGUGUUGGGGGCUUUUGCUUGUAACCUGAUUGAACUCUACUUAACAGUGGGGUUCCUUAACGGUUUUGGUUAUGCAUUGACAUGGACCCCCACCGUAACCAUGCUGGGUUUGUACUUUGAGAAGAGGCGGCCGGUGGCAAACGCUCUGGCCAGCGCUGGAGAGUGCAUCCUUACCUUUGUCCUCACGCCUCUGUUCCAGCUGUUGAUUGACAGCUACUCCUGGAGGGGCGCUUUGCUGAUCCUGGGAGGUCUGCAGCUCAAUCUGUGUGUUUGUGGGAUGCUGCUGAGGCCCCUUAAAGCAACCAGGGAUGUGACUUGUGACAAAGCCGAGGAGGAGGGCUUGUGCCUGGAAUUGCUCCUAAAAGAUGACUCAAAAGAGAGUAAACCAACCCACCUAGAGGCAAAGGAGUUAGGGAUAUCUGAGGCGUCUGAUCAGGGGACAGUCAAAGCGUAUCGUGACGAGAUAACUAACUCAACCAUGAAUGUACAAGACUCAAAUGACAGGACUAAGAGAGCCGGACACAGGACCAAAAUCCUUCAGUACGUUGAUUACACCCUCAUCACCAACGCCAGAUUCAUGGUCUACUCGAUGUUCGGGCUGUUUGCUGCACUGGGUUUCUUCGCCCCGGCUCUCUUCCUGGUUCCAUAUGCUCGUAGCAAGGGGAUCGAGGAGUACCAGGCGGCGGCACUCAUGUCCAUAUCUGCAGUGCUGGACCUGUUUGGAAGGGUGUUCUUUGGCUGGGUUGCAAACUUGAGACUGGUGCAGACGGUGCAGCAGCUGGCCGCCACCGUGAUUCUGCUGGCCACUGUGUUGCUCCUCUGCCCGCUGGCCUCGACGUUCCCAGAGCUGGCUGCUUUCAGUGCAGCUUACGGCCUGGCGUUCGGCGCCACGGUCGCCAUCCACAUCACCGUGCUGGCCGAGGUCGUGGGGGUCCACAGGCUCGGCAGUGCACUGGGGUUCUUCAUGCUCAUUCGCAGCAGCGGAGGCCUGCUUGGACCGCCCAUUGCUGGGUUCUUCAUAGACAAGAUGAGUGAUUACGGCACGGGGUUCCUCAUGGCGGGAGUGGCUCUCCUCGUAUCUGCCAUGUUCCUGCUCCUCCUCCAUCAGAUGAACCUCAGGGUUCAGGGGUCGACUACCAAGCAGCAUAUUCAUACGGACCCAACCGGACAAAACAGCCAAGAGGUCAAAGAGCUGGACAUGACAUGAGGGGAGGAAAAUGAUUUCUGGUCCAAUAGAUGAUGAGUUCAUAGAGAGAUCUGGAUCAUGAAGACUUUUCCUAGAGGAGAAAUAUUAAGUUCAGAGGAACAGAAACUGUCCUGUGAACAAUCAUCUGAAGAAUCAGCUGAGGGAUGAGCUGGGCCUUUCAGAGUUAGCUGGUACGGUUCUGUAGAUUGGUAUGUCUGUCUCUUAGAGAAUGAGAGAGUGCCUGUUAUCAGGGAAUUAUGGGACUAAUAAAACGUUUUAAACAUU